AUGGCUAUGCCAACACGCGAGUGUGUUGUCUGUUUGAUUGCGCAACCUGAACAAGAGUUUUAUCCUACAUACAGUACAACAUGUCAGCAUAUGUAUCGCUAUAUUUGCAAUUCAUGUACAUACUAUAGUGUCAAAGUUAUUCUCGAUAGUGCUAUUAGUAGCCAAGUGUCCUGUCCUGAGACAAAUUGUCCGGCAAAAUGGAGUUCAAAUGAGGUUCGUCAAGUACUCUUGGUCAAUAAUGAUCAUCUAUUGUUGAACAAAUACGAUGCUAAUCUGAUUAGACAAUUCCUCGAAAGUGAUGAUAAUUUUUUUUGGUGUGCUCAUGGAUGUGGUUCUGGUCAAUAUGAUUAUACAAUAUCAAUUCGAAAUUCAAAAAUGACUUGUAUCGCAUGCAAAAAAGAAACCUGUGCCUUUCAUCGUGUUAAGUGGCAUGAAGGCAUGACUUGUGAUCAAUAUGAGCAAUGGUAUCCAUCUACUGAUACCAUGACACGACAGUGGAUUGAAACACAUACAAAGAAAUGUCCAGGGUGUCAAUGCAACAUCGAGAAGAACGGCGGUUGCAAUCGUAUGACUUGUAAAAAGUGUGGACGUCAAUUUACUUGGGAUGAUCUGUUCAGCUAUACUCCAUUGACGAACUAUUGGUAUACUCCACAUCAAUAUGACAGGGGUGGUACUAUUAAUUAUAAUCCAUUGGCAAAUCACACGCAUGUUCCACAUGAAAUGAAUCAUAGACCUCAUCGAAAAGGAAAACUUGCGUCACUUCUUCGUUUAUUGAAAUUGCGAAGGCAUUAA